GUGAGCACACACAUUCAAGACGUAAGAGACAUCAUUUUCCCACUUACAAAGUUAAACCUCAUCCGCCCAACUGAAUCACACAUCCAUGCAUGGGCGUUGCUAGUGACUUGUUUUUACAGCGAGAUGACACGUUUAUCAGCUGUUGCUGGACCAACCUAAACGCAGCUAUCACCUCUGGCAGUGUUCCUGCAACUUUAGACCUCGAGAAAAUGACAGCAUUCGAUUGAGUUUGAGUGAGCUGUCACAAAAAGAAAAGUCUGGAGUGAAAGAUGUUUAGCGCAACCCAAACCUCCAAAUCUCAGUUCCUGGACAAAGCCAGGCAGGCCCGCGAGGAGAGGAAGGGCUAUAAGGAACGCGAGAGGGCCGCAACCCAGAUCCAGGCGUUGGUGCGGAGGUUUCUCUGUCGCUCGCAGUUGCAAAGGCAAAUUAGGAAAGAUGUAGAUGACUUUUUUCAAGCUUGUGAUGCAGGAACUGCAAAAAGAAAUGCCCUUUCUAUUUUUAAAAUAGCAAGGAAGCUACUGUUUAUAUAUGCGAAUGAGGAUAAGUUGAGGUUUGAGAAGCUGUGUCGGUUUAUUCUUGCCAGUAUGGAGGUUGAAAACGAACCAAAAGUAUGGUAUGUGUCUCUGGCACUUUCGAAAGACCUCACCAUCCCCUGGAUCAAGCAGAUCAAAGACAUCCUGUGGCUGUCCUGCGAGUUCCUGAAAAAAUUAAAGCCUGACAUAUUGCAGGACAAUAAAUUGGUGACUCUGUACCUUACCAUGCUGAUGAACUUCACGGACACUUCGAAAUGGAAGUUAUUGAGAGGGAAGGAGAAUCUCAGGCCUGCGUUGAAUCGAAUCUGCGAGAACAUCAUGGGGCAUCUCAAUCAGAAGGGGUUUUACACUGUACUGCAGAUUUUGUUGACGAACGGCCUGGCGCGGUCUCGACCCUCCCUGACGAAAGCCACGCUCACGGCAGUGUUCACGCUCUCGUUAAGGCCUGUUGUCGCUGCCCAUUUCUCGGACAACCUCCUGAGGUCCUUCCUCAUCCACAUCAUGUCUGUGCCGGCUGUCGUCUCCCACCUCAACACCCUCACGCCGGAGUGCAUGGCCACCAUCCAGACCCACGACCUGCUCCGUAAGUUCAUCCUGUUCCUGAGCCGGGAGGAGCAGUGUGCCGACAUCUGCAUCUGUUUGGAGGGGAGCCACACCCUCUGUCUGCUGGGUAACCUGAUUCACCUGGGCUACCUCAACGAGAAGGUGCUGGAAGAGGAGGCCAACCACUUUGUGAAAGACCUGACCGACAUGCUGUCCUACUGCCAGAGAUACGUGUCCCAGAAGAAGUCCAACCUCACCCACUGGCACCCGGUUCUGGGGUGGUUCUCCCAAACGGUCGACUACGGUCUGAACGAGUCCAUGCCGCUGGUGACCAGGCAGCUCCAGUACCUGUGGGGCGUGCCCGUCAUCCGCACGCUCUUCAGCGAUGUCCUCAGCAAAAAGCUGGAGAGCCAGGAGCCCACGCCCCCGCCCUCACAGCCAACCACGUCGCAGAACAACCUGCCAGUCAAGAACCUCUUCAAGCGGGCCUUCCAGAAGUCGGCGUCUGUGCGGAACAUCCUGAAGCCGGUGGGGGGGAAGCGCGUGGACUCGGCCGAGGUGCAGAAGGUGUGCAGCGUCUGUGUGCUGUACCAGACGGCCCUGACCACGCUCACCCAGAUCAAGCUCCAGAUCCUGACCGGUUUGACGUACCUGGACGACCUCCUGCCCAAACUGUGGGCGUUCAUCUGUGAGCUGGGACCCCAGGGGGGGCUGAAACUCUUCCUGGAGUGCCUGAACAACGACACGGACGAGUCCAAACAGCUGCUGGCCAUGCUGAUGCUGUUCUGCGACUGCUCUCGCCACCUCAUCACGAUCCUGGAUGACAUCGAGGUGUACGAGGAGCAGAUCUCCUUCAAAACGGAGGAGCUCGUCACCAUCUCCUCCUUCCUCAACACCUUUGUGUACAAGAUGAUCUGGGACGGGAUUCUGGAGAAUGCUAAGGGCGAGAAGCUGGACCUGUUCCACAGCGUCCACGGCUGGCUCAUGGCUCUGUACGAGCGGGACUGUCGCCGGCGGUUCUCUCCCGACGACCACUGGCUGCGCAAAGACCUGAAGCCGAGCCUUCUGUUCCAAGAGCUGGAGAAAGGCAAGAGACGGGCCCAGCUACUGCUCCAGUACAUCCCGCACGUCAUCCCGCACAAAAACAGAGUCCUGCUCUUCCGCAACAUCGUGACCAAGGAGAAGGAGACCCUGGGAUUGGUGGAGACAAGCUCCGCCUCCCCCCACGUGACGCACAUCACCAUCCGUCGCUCGCGAAUGCUGGAGGACGGGUACGACCAGCUGCGGCGGCUGCCCAUCAACUCCAUCAAGGGCGUGAUCCGCGUGAAGUUCGUCAACGACCUCGGCGUGGAUGAGGCGGGAAUCGACCAGGAUGGGGUCUUCAAGGAGUUCCUGGAGGAGAUCAUCAAGAAAGUCUUCAACCCGGGGCUCAAUCUCUUCAAGACCACCAGCGGGAACGAGAGGCUGUACCCGUCGCCCACUUCCUACAUCCACGAGAACCACCUGCUGCUCUUUGAGUUUGUGGGCAAGAUGCUGGGGAAGGCCAUGUAUGAGGGCAUUGUGGUCGAUGUGCCCUUUGCCUCGUUCUUCCUGAGUCAAGUCCUGGGCCACCAUCACAGCAUGUUCUACAGCUCCAUCGACGAGCUGCCCUCGCUGGACUCCGAGUUCUACAAAAACCUCACCUCCAUCAAGCGCUACGACGGGGACGUCAGCGACCUUGGACUGACCUUGUCCUACGACGAGGACGUCAUGGGGCAGUUGGUGUGCCAUGAGCUGAUCCCUGGGGGAAAGACUAUGCCCGUCACCAACGAGAAUAAGAUCAGCUACAUCCACCUGAUGGCGCACUUCCGCAUGCACACGCAGAUCAAGGACCAGACGGCGGCCUUCAUCCGCGGGUUCCGCUGGAUCAUCAACCCCGAGUGGCUGCACAUGUUCUCCACCCCCGAGGUGCAGCGGCUCGUCUCCGGGGACAACGCCGAGAUCGACCUGGAUGACCUCAAGAAGCACACAGUGUACUACGGAGGCUUCCACAGCAGCCAUCGUGUCAUCAUCUGGCUGUGGGACAUUCUGUCCAAUGACUUCACAGCCGAGGAGCGAGCCAUGUUCCUAAAGUUCGUCACCAGCUGCUCCCGGCCCCCCCUCCUGGGAUUCGCCUACCUCAAGCCCCCCUUCUCCAUCCGCUGCGUGGAGGUGUCGGACGAUCAGGACACGGGGGACACCCUGGGCAGUGUCCUCCGGGGCUUCUUCACGAUCCGGAAGAAGGAGCCGGGGGGGCGCCUCCCCACCUCCUCCACCUGCUUCAACCUGCUGAAGCUGCCCAACUACAGCAAGAAGAGCAUACUGCGGGACAAACUGCGCUACGCCAUCAGCAUGAACACGGGCUUCGAGCUCUCCUAGCGCCGCCCGCCCGCCCGCCUGCAGCGCUGGUGUCGCGGCCAGCCAAUCACAAGACAUUUCAGUGAUUGGUUAGGCCGUUUUAAAAAAAAAAAAGAACAACCUAUUGGAGCAGUCUAAAUGACGACUGACGACACACUCUCUCACUACCACUCCCUGACAAUAUAUCCCACGUUAACCCCCCCCCCCCCCGUAACGUAUAUAUGUAAAUUAAAUUAACUAAAUGCCUAAUAAAAUGGCUUCACCUCUAGUAUUUUCUCAGGCACAGGAACAACUCUCGCUUAAUGUUAACUGGAAAGCAAUACAGAUGCAAGCCAUGAAUUAGUUCAUCUGAUAACGUUUUAAUGAACCGAAGAAUUAUUUCAGAUGCGGAUGGCAUACACAAUCAUACUCGUUCAAUCUGUAAGAAGACUCUAAAAAAAAAAAAAAAAGCCUUGUUCAAAGUCAUAAAAAAGCACCUUUAAAAUUAUUUAGUUUGUCUUCGAGAUAUGUGAGGAGGGGGAUGUUAUGAGUUCUUAACGUCAUUGCCCUCAUUAGAUAAGGUAUGAAAUCCAAUCCGUUCAAUAUACCACUACAUUAACUUGACUGAAAAUCCCAGAGACCUGUUCCAGCCCACAGUACUGUUUUAUGAGAGCUGUGUAAUCGAAUUGAACAGCCAUUUUUUGCACAUCAGUGCAGAGGUUCUGGACUCCUGAGUGACUGCACAGUAACGGUUCAUUUGAUUCGCUCUCUUGAGUCCUGGAUUUUUAACAGAUUUAUUUUUCAUUGGCUGCUGCAGAGACGAUUUUUUUUCCCCUUAAAACCCGUUUGUAAGUUAUUUGGCUUUGGCUUGUGUCAGUCGUGUAGUUUUUCAUUCUUUCUCCAGUUUAUUAAUUUUGAGAAUGUUCUCUGCAGAGCGUCUCUCUUCUCAGCAGUGGAAGUAGCUCCACUGUUGAUGCUUUUAGGUUAACUUUAAAGAUUUAUGUUAGUUUGCGGUUUGCACUUUCCCCCUCCAUUUUGUAAACUAACAAAAAAAAACAACAACAACAACAACAGCAGGAAGCUAAGGAGCGAGGACUGAUGCUUGAAGUUUUAGUUGCUUAACUUUGAACUUUUUACCCCCCCCGUCCCCCCCCCCAAUCUGAACUUGUUCUCACAAAGAUGCUUUUGAACACAACCCAUACAACAACUGUCGGGAGGGGCUGACCCAGAACUCAAACGGGCCUCCACUGGACUUUUCAGAAAGCUUUAUUAUAAACACACUACUGUGGGAGACAGCCCCCCGCUGUGUGCCGCGUCGUGAAGUCAGAAGUGUCGCCUUGUCUCUGGGAAUCAAGCCAUAAACUUGGGGACAGCCUGAAUUCCAGUAGAGAUUACCCACCAGCCCCCGGGAGCAUGGAGCUGCAGUCUGGAGACCUGGGAGCCGAGCCGCUGCGGGAGCGUGCACCAGCAGGGGGCGCUGCGCGUGGCCUCUGUGCCCACGAGCACCGGUGUGUUCGCCGGGCCGGCCUGGGUUUUUAGCCGUCUGGUUGAGCGUGGGGAAACUGUCGUGUGCGUUAAUGUCUCCGCCCCACCCCCCGCCCCCCGCCCCCCGCUCUCUGUCCCUACACGGCAUGCGGUGACCGGUCCCCCCGAGACUUUUCACCAACUGAACUCAAUUGAACCUGAAAACGAGGUCUUUACCACCCCCUUCCACCCCACCAUUUUAAACCACAAAGCCAGACUGUUGCUGUUGUAUCGUUUGGUGAUGAUUCUUUUUUUUUUUUUUUUUUUUUUUUUAUAUGUAUGUGGGAAUCUUGACAAAUCACAACAUGCAUUUACAGGGUUAUACGACUGAAGAAAAACACGACAGUGGUGCAGUUUAGUCCCAACAGCCUUCCCUGCUUGGGAAAAAAAGCCGGCUCAAGCUAGGUUUUAAAAACCUCUGGUAGCUGGUUGACCAGUUCAGACCAGCUCCGUUCUCUACAUGUUUUGAAAUUGGUCAUUGAAGCUGGUCAUAGCUGGAUUGUACACCAGGGUUUGCUUCAACUACCAUGGAGGCUGUGGUCUGGACAUCGACUUUAAAAAGGAAAAGAAAAGAAAAAAAGCAAUAGCAGCCUGUUUUUAAACUUUUUUUUUAUUAUUAUGCAAAGCUGACCUUUGUGUGUGUGUGUGUGUGUGUGUGUGUGUGUCAUCAGAAGUGUGUAUGGGCCAUAGAACACAUGUAUAGGGGAUAACAGACCUGCUGGAAACAGUGUGGACAAUUAAGUAGAGCUCUGCCCAUCACACCUUUUAUCUCACGCUGGAGUAUUCUUGCAGUCUUCAACUUGGCCACAUAUGUUAAAAAAACAAAUAUACAGUGUAACUUUAUUUCUAUUUUCAAAGUGUGGUGUUAAGAAAUUGUUGGCCAUUUCAAUACAGUUAGCGGGGACCUGAAUUCAGUCUGAAAAUGUGGGGGCGCAGUUUAUUGGUGAGUGUAUCUAACUAAUGUGUGGAUAGGUGGGUGCCACUAGCCAGUGCCCCUCACUGCAACUUGUUCUCCUGCUUAACCAUUGUUGCCACCCCUGGUGUGAUCCAAAUGCUUGUCUGUCAGUCAAAAACGUGUAAAGACGAAAAAAAAAAAGAAAAGAAAAAAAAACGAUCUUCAAGAGCAACGGCUGUCUAAGGUUUUUUCUUAAUGUGUGCUUUCAGGGGUCAAGCCUUUCUGAUUGGCUGGGAACUGCUUUGAGUAUACGCGAGCGCAAAGCAUACUGAGCAUUUUAUCGAUUUUCACGGCUGUCUGUAACCUGGAAUAAGGAAGGGCUUUGUGUGUUUUCACAACGAUCCUCCCGCGAUGCGGUCUCAAGGGCUCUGUGUGCCGUCGGAUUAAUUGAUGUCAAAUGGAUCGGACGCCAUUUUAGGCGUUCUUCUUCUUAUUUUUUUCAGCCAUCUGUGUGGAAAUUAGCCAGGCCGGACUCUUGAAAGGUUUCAUUUCCAGGCGGUUAAGGACGUAGACACGAUGUGUGGUGGGUGUGAAAUGUUCCCCCGGAAAGUCACUGGAAACGGAAAGAUACCUCACGGGCCAGGGCAAGUGCGAGUGAUGGGUUUCCUCAUCACUGUUAAACGAUGUCAUUGAACCUUACCUUGAACUCCCAUACAGAAAAAAAAAAAAAAAAAAAAACAUCCAGGGAAAGACAGACGACACGCAUCACUCUUCUGAAGUACUGUCUCGCUCUCUCUUUUAAAAGUGUCUUCGAAAAUGAAGAAAUUGGUUGCACUAUGUGAAAUUCGUAUUGUUUAAAAGGCAUAUUUCAAUGUAAAAAGUGAUCUAUAUGUAUAACCUCAUUAAAGUGGUUUUCCUGCUGUAAAAAAUAUAUAUAACAUUAUUGUUAGUCAUGUAAACCUUUGAUUUUUCUUAAAUAUUUACUUUACAACUAA